CAUUUCUUAAGCACUUACCAAAACUUCAAUUCAUAAUUCAACAAUCCAAAAUCAAGGAUCUCUUUUCUCUUUCCGUUUCCUUGUCUUUCUUUUGCAAAGUUUGCUUUGUUUCUAUCAUUUUAGAAGCUUCAUCGCUCGCCACUUACCCAAAUGGCGAAUUCGGCGUCAGGGAUAGCAGUGAGUGAUGAAUGCAAGCUGAAAUUUUCAGAGUUGAAAGCGAAAAGGGAUCACAGAUAUAUAGUAUUCAAGAUUGAUGAUUCAAUGUACCAAGUUGUGGUUGAGAAAGUUGGGAGACAUGACGAAACUCAUGAAGAUUUUGCCAACAAUUUACCUGUCGAUGAGUGCCGCUAUGCAGUUUUUGAUUAUGAUUUCACCACAAAUGAAAAUGUCCAGAAAAGCAAGAUCUUUUUUGUUGCUUGGGCACCAGAAACAGCAAGAGUAAGAAGCAAGAUGUUGUAUGCGAGCUCCAAAGACAGAUUCAGGAGAGAAUUAGAUGGUGUCCAGGUUGAAUUGCAGGCUACUGAUGCAAGUGAGAUGAGCUUGGAUACGUUCAUCGGAAGAGCUCGUUGAAAUUAAUAUAACUCUUCCCUAAUAUUUUUGGCCUUUAUUCAUUGAUAAUUGUAUUUCCUACAAGCCCUUGUCUUUUGUUGUUGCUGUGACUAUGGUGUUCAAUUUUGUCUAUGUAGGCUACUAAUAUGAUGAUCUUGUGACAA